AUGCUGCUUCGGCGCUCUCCAGAAGAUCAUUCGUUCAUCUUCUCGGAUGGGGUACAAGUCGCCGCCUCUAGCGCGAGGAAAGUACACAUCCGUCGACUCCAUGACCUGCUGCACCUCUUGAUCCAGCGGCGCGAUAAUGAACGCGCAAGACUCGCCUGGUCAAUAUUGGCUCGGUGCAAAGAGGCCGACUGGAUGGUUAUGUGGUCUACGGCGCUGUUAAUCCUGUCGAACGAAAGCCCGUCUUCAAACACUCGUGACGAAUCACGCAGCAUUGAGUUCCUGCGAAUAAUGAUGCUGCAGUAUCCGAACGAUCGUGAAGCUAUACUACAGGAACUAAUCAUAAGCCUCAUAAACGCGUCGAAAUACCAGGAAGCCCUUAGUGAACUAGAUUUGUAUCUACCAACGUUCCCUUACCAAGAGAAUCCGAUGCUACAUAUGUUCGCUGGGAUGUUGUCCCUGUAUCUAGCACAACCGACGUCAGACGCAAGCUCUACUUACAAUCAUUCGCAACUGCGAGAGGCAGAAUCACACUUUAAACGCGCAGUCUUGUUGGAUCCAGAAAGCUCCAUAGCAAGCGCAUUUUUGAGCAGGGUACGUGUACGUUUCUUAUUCACAACUAUCUCGGCGUUCAUCGUACUCGUGAAGAAGGAGACGAUGUUAUGGACGUAG